AUGCUUGGCGAUCAAAUCCGGUACCUCCAGGCUCGCCCGGGCGGCGAUGGCGUGGAUAUCCUGUCACUGGGAGCUUCGCUGAUAGAGAAUUUCAUCAAAAUUCGCGGUCAAUUCCAGCGCGGCGGUAGUGGGCGCCACGCGGAUGUGAAGCCAGAGGACACCCUUCUGCCAUUUGUGGACAAGAUGCCGACGUCAACGCAGAAGGUGGAACCCACGACAGUGGCCCGCCUAGGCCCACAGCAACAUGGCGAGGCCCCGGCAUUCAGCAUGCUCCAAGUACUUCUCGAGGCUGCCGGCCCCCGCAGGGAGCAACACGAUUUUUCCUUCCUUCAAUGGCCCGUCCAAACUCGGUUUCAUCAGUGCGGGAGAAAGGCAGCAUUGGAGGGCACGGUCGAGCUGAGCUGGAAGUUUGACGGCGAGUCCGCAUCGCGGAACAUCACUUCCGCCGUUCUACGUAAAUGUUCUCACCCACUAGUCCUCGGCGAUCCCUUCCUCCGCCUCACCGGAACCCUUACGAGAUUCCAACAUCGGAUCAAGAGGAUCCUUUCCGGUCGCUUCCAGUCGAGACGACUUGCCGUCAACUUCUUUGGUUCCGAGAACACAGAGAGCUGCUCUCUACACGGCUACCUGAAUGGUGUUGCCGCGACCGCAAUCCCCGAUUCUGGUUCUGAAUGCUGCUUGAUGUCGGCAGCAUAUGCGCGGAGGCACGGGAUCAAAGUGGAUUCAUCACCAGGCUCUCAAUAUGAGCUCGAGUUCCUCGAUGGGUCAGUUGCUACCACAUCUGGAAUAGCAAAAGCGACGUGGGAAUUCGCGUCUCAUACCACCUCGGUACGGUGCGACUUUCUCGUCCUCGAGGGACUGCCCGUCGACAUACUCUUCAGCAACGACUUUGUCGAGAGGUUUGAUGUCUUUCGGCUGCACCAAGAGAUGCUUGUCAUCGAUGGUGAUCCGCUGCGCAGCCUGACCCUGAGCGCUUUUGGAGUCGCAAUUCUCCGAAAGCUGGACGUACCCCUGAGUGAUUUGGUGGAAGAGGCCUUGAGAGACCUUGAAUUCCCGAAUGCCUUUAGCGCAGAGAUGAUAAUAAAGGAGGGUGCUCGCCAGAACAAGAUCCAGCAACGAAUCGCCCAGCUAUCCAAGUCUCAGAGGGAAGUGGCGCAGAAGAUUGAGUUAGACCGUCAACUCGAGUGGCGUAGACGAAAAUUGGCGCACAAAGCAAGUCAGGGAAGGCCGCCGUCGGCGCAGGUACCAGAGGUAAACGGAAAGGUUGCGACUCGUAGGCGUUGGCUGAUAUUUGGUCGGAGUCCGAGGUAAUAUGAUGCUUUUUGGGGUGCAUUUGAGGCCUAUAUCUACCUGUUAAACAUGUUCAUGUACAUAACAAACCAGUUGCACCGGUUCCUCAUGACCUGUGUAAAGGCGGGCGAGUGGCCGCAGUCUUGCUUCAGGAAUCUUUGGUCUUCUAUAUUACUAGGUUGGCCUUCCCCG